AUGUCGAAUAGUCCCGAGCACGGAGAUCCGUCUGCUGAUACUGAUGCUCCGGCUGGGUCUGGAGCACCUACAAUUAAUGUGGAUGGACCUGAACGACCAAGACCACUUCCCCGAAUACAAACUGACGGUUUGAGCGAAUUGCCAUCCACCAUCCCUGCCCAUCCCCCGUCAUCGGCUGAAGUCCAACGGGAGACCUCAGUGGAUACUACCAAUAGCCACCCGACAUCCGCACACAAUGUCUCAUCUGCUACCCACAAACCAAACGACAGCCUCGGACAGAACUUUCUGGCAGUGCCAAAUACACGGUCUCGAGGAAGCUCGAUCGAGUCCAAUGACAGCCGCUCUCCGUCCUCCUAUGGCGGCGACACCUAUAUCUCUUCUGCAGGGACCGCGGCUGAAGAUGGCAAAGAGAACCAUAACAACAGCAAAAUCAUGAACGCUGCAGAUGCCUUGAAACCCGACCCACAUAACGAGGCAGAGUUUCACGUGGAGAAUAACAAGUUCGCAUUCACCCCAGGACAACUGAACAAGAUGAUCAACCCAAAGAGCCUUGAAGCUUUCUACGCUCUUGGAGGUCUCGCUGGACUUGAGAAGGGCCUGCGUACCAAUCGGCAGAGCGGUCUGAGUGUGGACGAAGCUGACUUUGAUGGUACUAUCUCCUUCGACGAAGCUAUCCGAGCUGGCUCCGCAGAAAAGGAACUCGGACCUGUCAAACGAACAAACACGUCCGGGGCAAUGAUCUCUCCUGCAGAGCUUACAAGUAAUUCUUUUGCUGAUCGCAAGCGCAUCUUCAGUGAUAAUCGGUUACCUCAAAAGAAAGCCAAAACGAUCUGGGAGCUGGCUUGGAUCGCAUAUAAUGACAAGGUGUUGAUCCUGCUCUCUGUUGCUGCUGUGAUUUCGCUAGCUCUCGGAAUUUUUCAAUCGGUCAGGCCUAGACCCGGUGAGACUGAAGCUAAUGUGGAAUGGGUGGAAGGUGUCGCUAUUGUUGUUGCCAUCUUGAUUGUUGUUACAGUCGGUGCUGCCAAUGACUGGCAAAAGGAGCGCCAAUUCGUCAAGCUCAACAGAAAGAAGGAAGAGAGAUUCGUUAAAGUGAUUCGGUCGGGCAAAUCCCAAGAAAUCUCCGUCUACGACGUUCUGGUGGGAGACCUUAUGCAUCUUGAACCUGGAGAUCUAAUUCCUGUCGAUGGAAUCUACAUCGAAGGGCACAAUUUGAAGUGCGACGAAUCCUCUGCAACCGGUGAAUCAGACAUCAUUAAGAAAACGCCUGCAGACCAAGUUUUCCGAGCCAUCGAAAACCACGAGCCCUUAGGCAAGAUGGACCCUUUUAUUCUGUCAGGUGGAAAGGUCACAGAGGGAGUUGGAACGUUUCUGGUGACGUCUGUUGGGAUUUAUUCAAGCUAUGGCAAGACCAUGAUGUCUCUACAAGAUGAAGGGCAGACCACCCCACUGCAGUCUAAACUGAAUGUUCUGGCUGAGUACAUCGCGAAGCUUGGUCUUGCUGCAGGUCUGCUGCUUUUCAUUGUCUUGUUCAUCAAGUUUCUGGCAGAGUUGAACUCGAUCCAGGGAGGCGCUGAUGCAAAAGGUCAGCAAUUCCUCCAGAUUUUUAUCGUCGCUGUGACUGUUGUCGUGGUAGCUGUGCCCGAGGGCCUACCGCUGGCUGUCACCUUAGCACUUGCCUUUGCGACUACACGUAUGUUGCGUGACAACAACCUCGUGCGCGUGCUUAGAGCAUGUGAGACUAUGGGCAAUGCAACAACAGUGUGCUCUGAUAAGACCGGUACCCUCACACAAAAUAAGAUGAGUGUGGUUGCUGGGACUGUCGGUACAUCUUCACGGUUUAGCGACGCACAAACCGUCAGUGUGGCAGCAGGUGAAAAGGGCGACAAAGAAGCUGAAAUGCCGGGCGAUGCGCAGGGUGUUUCAUCGUCCGAGUUGACAUCCACGCUGUCGAAGGAAGUCAAGGAGUUGCUCAAAGACUCAAUCGUGCUUAAUUCGACAGCUUUCGAAGCUGAGGAAAAUGGCCAGGUCAUUUUCAUUGGAUCCAAAACCGAAACGGCUCUUCUCAAUUUCGCAAACGAACGACUGGGCAUAGGCUCUAUUGCACAGGAACGAUCAAAUGCUGACGUUGCCCAAAUGAUACCAUUUGACUCCGGUCGGAAGUGCAUGGCUGUUGUUAUCAAGAUGGGCAAUGGCAAUUAUAGGAUGCUUGUCAAGGGCGCUUCAGAGAUCCUCCUAGGCCGUUGUACGAGGAUAAUCCGAGACCCCACUCAGGGUGCCGCCGAGACUACGCUCACUUCUGAGAAUAUGGAAAGUCUCAACGCUAUUAUCAAGAACUAUGCCUCGCGGUCGCUACGGACAAUUGGUCUUCUGUAUAGGGACUAUGAUCGUUGGCCACCGCUUGGUGCACCAACACAAAAAGACGACCCUCGAUUGGCUGACUUCGAUAAAAUAUUCAAAGACAUGACCUUCCUGGGCAUCGUGGGUAUCCAGGAUCCAUUGCGUCCUGGUGUUACUGAAGCUGUACAUAAGUGCCAAGGUGCUGGUGUCUUCGUUCGCAUGGUAACAGGAGAUAAUCUGAUGACCGCGAAGGCCAUAGCCACGGAGUGUGGUAUCUUUACUGCUGGCGGCAUUGCCAUGGAAGGCCCCAUCUUCCGGAGGCUUACUUCGAAGCAAAUGACGCAGAUCAUUCCAAGACUGCAAGUUCUAGCACGAUCCAGUCCUGAAGAUAAACGCAUUCUGGUCAAACAAUUGAGAAAGCUGGGAGAAACAGUAGCAGUAACCGGGGACGGUACCAAUGAUGCACCUGCACUCAAAGCAGCCGACGUUGGGUUUUCUAUGGGUAUUGCAGGCACAGAGGUUGCCAAAGAAGCCUCAGCCAUCAUCUUGAUGGACGACAACUUCACUUCUAUUGUGAAGGCUAUUUCGUGGGGAAGAACUGUCAAUGAUGCCGUUAAGAAAUUCCUCCAGUUUCAAAUCACUGUCAACAUUACAGCUGUAGUGCUCACUUUUGUCUCGGCUGUGGCUAGCGGUGAUGAAAGCUCGGUUCUUACAGCUGUUCAACUUCUUUGGGUUAAUCUGAUCAUGGACACCUUUGCUGCGCUGGCCCUAGCUACCGAUCCGCCUACCCCAAGUCUGCUCAAACGGAAACCCGAGCCCAGGUCUGCUCCUUUGAUCACUCUGACUAUGUGGAAAAUGAUCAUAGGACAAUCCAUCUACCAGCUCGUCGUGUGCUUGAUCCUGAACUUCCGUGGUGCAGAUAUAUUCGGCUACACUGACCCACAUGAGCUGGAGCAAUUACCGACUCUCAUCUUUAACACGUUCGUUUGGAUGCAGAUUUUUAACCAAUACAACGCUCGUCGACUGGACAAUAAAUUCAAUAUCUUCGAAGGCAUAACCAAGAAUUACUGGUUCAUCGGCAUUCAGUUUGUCAUAGUUGGUGGUCAGGUAAUGAUCAUCUUCGUUGGUGGCGCAGCAUUUGCCGUAACUCGUCUGAAUGGACCUCAAUGGGGCUACUCCAUAGUUCUCGGGCUGUUGGCCGUACCCGUCGCUAUCAUAAUUCGGCUGAUUCCUGAUGAGCUCGUUCGAAAACUUCUCUCUUUCCUGCCGCGCCGACACUCUUCUACGCCAUCUUUCAUGUUCGAAGAUGACGAGCAGGUUCAAGAGUGGAAUCCAGCUCUGGAAGAUAUUAGAGAAGAAUUGACAUUCUUGAAGAAAGUACGUGGGGGUCGCAUGUCAGAGCUGGCUUACAAGCUCCAACAUCCACGACAAAGCUUCGUUCCCCGUUCGAGAAGCGGCUCUCGUUCUCGGUCUAAUAACUCAUUGCCACCGAGUCCUCAGGAGCCAGAGAAAGCAGUGCCACCCGCAGCUGUGUCCCCCCCAACACCAGAAAAGGGCAAGAGACGUGACCGAUCUCGGUCUAAUUCUCGCUUUGGCCCUGCUGCGGCCAUGGCGGGAAUCAUCGCUGGUAGCGUUGCAGGUGGUUGGUCGCCUGUAGAACGAGGACAAGAGGAGACAGACUCGAUCAAAUUCUCCAAAUCACAGAUUCAUGGUGGCCUGGGUGCCACGAACGGCAUUGAGGUACAUCCAGACACAAGGCCGGAUGAUCCAGUCAUUGUUGAGAAUCCAGAAAAGAGUCGAGUGCCACCGAGUCAGAAUCCAGCUUUGACUCCCCGAUUUGAUCACGCAACGAACAACAACGAUUCGACCAACAGUAAACGAGGACAUCACCAUUCUCACCAUGCAUCUUCGAACGCCUAG